UUUGAACCCGCCACCCUCGGUAUAUGGGGCCGGCGCCCUGCUCACUGAGCCACAGGCACCGCCCGAGUUUUUCUAUUUUUAGUAGAGAUGGGGUCUCGCUCUUGCUCAGGCUGGUCUUGAACUCUUGAGCUCAAGGAACCCACCUGCCCCAGCCUCCCCAAGUGCUAGAAUUAUAGGUUGAGCCACAGCACCCAGCCAGAGACUAGCUAUUUUGGGAUGUGCGGACAGAUCCUUGUGAGGAUAAGAGUAGGUGUCCAAGAGAGAGGACUGCCCCGGGAGCUUGCCCCUCACAAACGUGGGCCCCCUGGAGCCCCUCACAAGGAUGGCGCCGGCGGAAGGCGUGGUAUUCUUAUUGGUGCAGGAGAGAGCUUUGGGUGACGCUGAUUGGCGUAGAGUGGGGGGCGCGCCGGAGAGGGGCGGGGCGCGUCGGGGCGGAGUAUCUCCCGCGCUGGCCUAGCGCGCUGCUUUCCGCGACCGGACUAUGUCGCAGGCGGGGAGCCACCUGCGUGCGGCUCUGUCCCUGGCAGCAGUUUCUGCGCGCGGUGCAAAGACCCGUGGCGCAGUGAGCCGGCGGUUGAGCGCGUGGCCGGUGCCGCAGGAGCCUAGUAUGGAGUAUCAGGAUGCUGUGCGCAUGCUCAAUACCCUGCAGACCAAUGCUGGCUACCUGGAGCAGGUGAAGCGCCAACGGGGAGACCCCCAGACACAGCUUGAAGCCAUGGAGCUGUACCUGGCACGGAGUGGGUUGCAGGUGGAGGACUUGGACCAGCUGAACAUCAUCCAUGUCACUGGGACCAAGGGGAAGGGUUCCACCUGUGCCUUCACUGAAUGCAUCCUCCGAAGCUAUGGCCUGAAGACGGGAUUCUUUAGCUCUCCCCACCUGGUGCAGGUGCGUGAGCGGAUCCGCAUCAACGGGCAGCCCAUCAGUCCUGAGCUCUUCACCAAGUACUUCUGGCGUCUCUACCACCAGCUGGAGGAGACCAAGGUGCCCCGUGCGGGAGGGCUGCAGGACAGCAGCCGUGUCUCCAUGCCUCCCUACUUCCGCUUCCUCACGCUCAUGGCCUUCCACAUCUUCCUCCAAGAAAAGGUAGACCUGGCAGUGGUGGAGGUGGGCAUCGGUGGGGCUUAUGACUGCACCAACAUCAUCAGGAAGCCUGUGGUGUGUGGAGUCUCCUCUCUUGGCAUCGACCACACCAGCCUUCUGGGGGACACAAUGGAGAAGAUUGCAUGGCAGAAAGGGGGGAUCUUUAAGCAAGGUGUCCCUGCUUUUACUGUACUCCAGCCCGAAGGUCCCCUGGCAGUGCUGAGGGAUCGAGCCCAGCAGAUCUCAUGUCCUCUCUACCUGUGCCCACCACUGGAAGCCCUGGAGGAAGGGGGGCCACUGCUGACGCUGGGCCUGGAGGGAGAGCACCAGCGGACCAAUGCUGCCUUGGCCUUGCAGCUGGCCCACUGUUGGCUGCAGCAGCAGGACCGCCAGUGUGCUGGGGAUCUGAAGGUGUCCAGGCCCAGCCUCCUGAGGCAGCUGCCCUUGGCACCGACAUUCCAGCUCACAUCCCACAUGCGGCUCGGGCUUCGGAACACGGAGUGGCUGGGCCGGACGCAGGUGCUGCGGCGCGGGCCAGUCACCUGGUACCUGGACGGCGCGCACACCUCCAGCAGCAUUCAGGCCUGUGUGCGCUGGUUCCGCCAGGCGCUGCAGGGCGGCGAGAGGCAGAGCUGUGGGCCGGAAGUGCGUGUCUUGCUUUUCAACUCCACCGGGGACCGGGACUCCGCAGCCCUGCUGAAGCUGCUGCAGCCCUGCCAGUUUGACUAUGCUGUCUUCUGCCCCAACCUGACAGAGGUAUCAUCCACAGGCAGUGCAGACCAGCAGAACUUCACAGUGACACUGGACCAGGUGAUACUUCGCUGCCUAGAACACCAGCAACACUGGAACCACCUGGAUGAGGAGCAGGCCAGCCCAGACCUCUGGAGCACCCCAGCCUUGGAGCCUGGUGGGCCUGCACCUCUGCUGCUGGCGCCUCACCCACCCCACAGCUGCAGCACCAGCUCUCUUGUCUUCAGCUGCAUCUCCCACGCCUUGCAGUGGAUCAGCCAAGGCCGGGACCCUGUCUUUCAGCACCCCAACCCCCCAAGGGGCCUCCUUGCCCACCCUGUGGCAGGUAGUGGGGCCAGUGUACUCCGUGAAGCUGCUGCCAUCCAUGUGCUGGUCACAGGCAGCCUGCACCUGGUGGGUGGUGUCCUGAAGCUGCUGGAACCCUCCCUGUCCCAGUAGCCAAGGCUGAGGGGUUGGAGGUGGGAGCCUCCUGCACCUGCCCUGCGUGCUCUCCAUGAACUCACAUCCUAGGUGCCUUUUGUUUUCUGCUUUACUGACUCUGUCUUGACUGGCCCAGGGUCCCAGGCUCUGGGUGGCAGAAUAGAGGGCUGGGAGAGGAUUUCCUCUGUCUUUGAGGCUCUGUGCCUUGGCUUCUCCCUCCUGGCUGAGACAGCCAAGAGAUUCCCAGGUCUCUCAAUCUAGAGUAGGCCUGACCACUGGCCUGUGGCCGAAACCCUGCCUGCCUCCUGGCUCAGGCCCAGGUUGCCGUGUGAGCCACCUGGCCAGGCCCUGGGUCCUGCUGGGUGCUGGGCAAUAGAUUCCUCCUCCCACUGCCUUCUGAGAAAGGUGAGGGCCCUUGCCAGGGGCCACCUAGGGACAGAGGGUGGCUGGAAUAGAUUAAAACUGUUAAUUUUUUUAAAGAAAUGGCAAAACCUUU